GCACUAUUGGGGUUUGAUUAACAGCGUGGAGGACGUUGGCAGCUGGAGGUUCCGCCGUGGACGCAGUGGAGAGUGGCUGUGCCAUGUGUGAGCGGGAGCAGUGUGAUGGCACUGUGGGCUUUGGAGGAAGUCCUGAUGAGUCUGGAGAGACCACGCUGGAUGCCAUGAUCAUGGAUGGCACUACGAUGAACGUAGGAGCCGUAGGAGAUCUUAGACGAAUUAAAAACGCGAUUGGUGUGGCACGGAAAGUACUGGAACAUACGGCACACACACUUUUAGUAGGAGAGUCAGCCACCAAGUUUGCUGAAAGUAUGGGGUUUAUCAAUGAGGAUUUAUCUACCAAUGCUUCUCGAGCUCUUCAUUCAGAUUGGCUUGCUCGGAAUUGCCAGCCAAAUCACUGGAGGAAUGUUAUACCAGAUGCUUCAAAAUACUGUGGACCCUACAAACCACCUAGUAUCUUAAAGCAAGAUGGUCCUUCCUAUAAAGAAACAGGAAAUAAUUAUGGUCAUGAUACUAUUGGCAUGGUUGUAAUCCAUAAGAUGGGACAUUCUGCUGCUGGUACAUCUACAAAUGGUAUAAAAUUCAAAAUACCUGGUCGAGUAGGAGACUCGCCAGUACCUGGAGCAGGGGCCUAUGCUGAUGAUACAGCGGGAGCAGCUGCGGCCACUGGGGAUGGUGACAUAUUGAUGCGCUUUCUGCCAAGCUACCAAGCUGUAGAAUAUAUGAGAGGAGGAGCAGAUCCAACCACAGCUUGCCAGAAAGUGAUUUCAAGAAUUCACAAGUAUUUUCCAGACUUCUUUGGGGCUGUUAUAUGUGCCAAUGUGACCGGAAGUUAUGGUGCUGCCUGCCAUAAACUUCCAACAUUCACUCAGUUCAGUUUCAUGGUUUAUAAUUCUCUAAACAAUCAACCAACUGAGGAAAAAGUGGACUGCAUGUAAUCCAUCUUUUCUGUCAGCAUCUAUAUUUAAAGAAGAAACAAGGUGCAAAGGUUCCUGACUAUACUCACCAUAUAGGGUGCUUCAUGUCUUCUAAGUUCUUUGUCUAAAAUAAGCACAAAAAUAAAUUUAUGCUGAAGGAGCA